AUGGCGGCGUUCUUGGUCACCGUCGUAGCAUCGGUGAUCAUGUUGGGCGGGAUCGUUGGUGGGCAGGAUAUGGAAACGGGUCAGGAAGGUAAAGGGAAGAUCCACAUGCUCUUCUGGGCUGAAUGCACAAACUACUACGACUGGCAGACAGUGGGCCUUGUCCAUAGCUUCAAGAAGGUCCAACAACCCGGUUCCAUUACCCGACUCCUCAGCUGCGCGGUCGAGGAGGAGUACAAAGGGAUGAACUUGGCUCCCACACACCACGUACCCUCCAUCAACAGCCCCACGGGGACCCACGACUGGUAUCUUGCCUGGAGCUGGGCGGCUGGAAUUAUGCACUGGCUUAAUCAAAGUAAAGAUGCAACGAAUGUUGAUUGGGUUGUGAUUGUGGAGGCAAAUAUGAUUCUCAGAGGUCCAAUUGUACCUUGGCAACUUGGUGCCCACAAAGGCAGACCUGUUGUCUCUAACAAUCAUGGGCUUAUAGUAAUUCAUAUAGAGGAUCUUCGAGUAUUGGCUCCGAUAUGGCUUUCAAAGAUAGAAGGCAAAAGGAAAUUAGAUGCAACGAGCAUCGAAGCCAACAGUGAUAAUAGAUACUCUCUUGGUGGAUCCCAAGUUGAAAUUCAACUCGAGAUCAAUGAUAACUUACUAAUACAUCCGGGUUUGGUUCCACGAGAGGGUGUUGAGCCUCUUGUUCUUCACUAUGCUCUGCCUUUUAACGUCGGAAGUUGGUCAUUCAGUAAAUCAAAUCACUUUGAAGACGACAUUGCUUAUAAUUGUGGGCGGCUCUUUCCUCAGCCUCCUUCUCCCGCUGAGGUGAUGUCAAUAGAAACUGAGCCAAACAAGAGGCAUGCACUAUUAUUAAGUAUAGAGUGUGUUAACAUUCUGAACGAAGGCAUUAUACAAAAACAUGAAGAAAUGGAGGCAUGCCCGAAACCAAUUCGGUCAAAAUAUGCAAUCAGCCGAAGAAGAAUAAGUGAGCUGAGCAGUGAACCAAAUUUCCAGACUGAAAAAGGUGUAGGGCGGGAGCUCCUUCUAGAAGUCAAGACUGUGAUAAAUCCUAAGAUCCACACAAUUUUUGUUGCAGAUUGUAGCCCUUUCUUGGAUUGGCAAACCCUAGGGCUUGCUUAUAGUUUUAAUCAGAGCGGUCAGCCAGGAUAUAUCACACGAAUUCUCAGUUGUACUGAAGAAGAUUUAAACAGCUAUAUCGGCCUUGACUUGGUUUCCACUUAUCCUACCAGUCGCGGAACGAGCCAUUGGCACUCAUCAGCAAUUAGGAAACCAGCUGCAAUCUUAGAUUGGCUCCAAAAUGGAAAUGUUGAUGCAGAUUUCAUUGUGAUUCUUGAUCCGGACAUGAUCUUGAGGGGUCCCAUUACUCCCGGAAUGUUCAAAGCAGAACUUGGUCGGCCAGUUUCAACCCCCAGUCAGUAUGCUGGAAACCAUAGCUCUUACAUUAAUGUCGAUGGUGCUUGCGAAAGGAUGGGGAGUGUUAUUAUAAUCCAUAAAAAGGAUCUUGAGAGAAUCGCUCCGGAAUGGUUGCAUAAAACGGAGGAGAUAUUAGACAAUGUUCAUUAUAAUUCACUGUCAAAUCCCACCACCAUAGAUCAAUAUGAUUUUGGAUCCCUUAUCAACUGUGGUUACUCAUCGGCCGCAACAGAGCUGGGACUAGAGCAUGUUAUAAACAAUCGACUGGUAACAGAUGUAGGAAAACUUCCUGAAGCUGGGGUGAGCUACAGAGCUUUAUACUAUGGGAGAAAAUUCAGUAUCGGGGAUUGGAAUUUUGAUAAGACAGAGUGGAGGGAUGCUAACUUGGUGAAUGAAUGCUGGGAACAGUUCCCAGAGCCCCCCAGUCGAUCUGCAUUAAACCAGCCGACAGAAACCAAAUUUCUUCGACGGGAUCAGUACAGUAGAGAAAUCAUGACGACACUGAACAAAGCGCUGCAUCUGCAUCAUGUAAGGAGGAAAUGCUCAACUAAUUAUGUCCCUGAAGUAACCAUUGGGACCAAUGGGACGUCAAUAUCUUAUCUUCUGUACGCACCUAUUUUGAUUUUCUUUAUAAUUAUACUGGCCAUCAAGGUAUUUCCUAAGCGUUCCCCUAUACCUGACAAAACAUUUGUUGACCUGGAGAAAGCUGAUACGCCAGCCGAUGCGACAUACUGGCGUAAGAAGAGCCCACGAGAGACCUUACCUCUAGAUUCCCCUAGAAAAGUAUUGUCUCCAGAGAAGUCGCGACGUGCUAGAGUUUGA